UCUAUAGAAAUUAUUGUUGAAAUGAUUGAAUGCGGUUUGAUGUAAGUCUUAAAUUUAGGGAAUGUACUAAACACUAAACAGACAAUAAAAAAAAUUUAAAAAAACAUUAUUGGCAAAUAAAAAGAUUAAUGCCUUUGAAACAGCAUGGCCAAAUAGUGGUAAGUUAAUCUAACAAAAUAUUAAACAAAUAAAGCAGCAGGGAAUUUUUCUACGCUUUUUUCCCCUGCUUUUUAUGUAUAUAUAUAUGUUACUUUUUUCAGUACUUUUACACUAGUGAAACGCCUCUAUGCACUAAUCCUCUAGAUUUGUGUGUCAUAUUAGAGGACACCCAUAACACUGGGCUGCACCAACAAGUUGGUUUACAUUGCAGGCAAGUUUUAAAGGAGCUGCCUCAGAAUAGCUCUGCUUUUAGUCAUUUCGGGUUUUUAAAAACCGUAGCACUACAUCCAUAUAGACCUGUAUAUUAUGUAAGUUUUGAGCUAAAAAAGGAUGUUCGAUUUUAUCACUGAGUACCUAUAAUCAGAUACGACUACAUGGAAUUUGAAGUUAUCUUCCAUGUGAUCAGAAUGCAAACUCACUCUUAUACCUUUGUGAAAUUGACCUCUGUUUGCAUUUAAUGAACAUAUCAGGUGUUCAUUUUUCAAAAUUACAAGGUAAAAUGCAAUUGUAAAUGCAUUGCUUUUAGUUAAAAGUUAAAAAUAACAAACUUUUGCUUUAUGAAUCCAAUGGUGGUCUUAUUUAAAUUCUGGAUAGCAUCUAAUGGGGUGUUUAGUUUGUUCUGUGUUAACGGUUCAGGGUCAUUAGCUGUACUUCUCUUCCUUUUGGGCUCUUCAGAAACUCAUUACCAUGCAGAUGUGAGGGACAUGUUGCACGGCAGGCGACUCAAACUGAAUUUCAAUUGCACGAACACGUUCAUUCAUGGCUUCAUCUUAGAAAACCGGUCGUUCUUCCAGCUACCUCGCUUCCGUCCCGUACCAUAGUUUUUAGGCCUCAAAUUACAGGGUCAGUAAUAUACUUAAUGACCCAUGAGGCUGUGUUCACACCGAACAAGUGUGUGUGUGCUGAUGGUAUUUUGGCUUCUCUCUUUAUCUAUGGCAUUUCUCCCCAAGAAUCCCAUUCUUUUCAUUCUUUUUAUUCCAGACGUGAUGCAUCUCAUAUUCCAUUCCAAAUAUUCCAAAGACUUAAGGUCAAAUUCGAUUCCAGUGACUCCAUGUCCCCAAAUCUGAAACAUCUACAUCAGUGCAUGUGAAGUCAUCAUAACUGACUAUUAAAGUACAAAUAAACAUGAGCAAUAUUCCUGUUUAUUUAGAAGUAUUCUCAUAUCCCAUUCAGGAACACUUGACAAAACAGUCAAGCUAUUCAGCAUCACAGUCUAGUGACGUGAAAUGGAAAAUGAAUCUCACAUAAUGACUCGUGUAUGAAUGACCUGUGGAUGAAUUCUACAGGUGGACUCUCGUCAAACAUUUACCUUACAAAAGGUGCCUACAAACACACAUAUUAUCUCUCUCUCUGUGUGUGUGUGUGUGUGUGUGUGUGUGUGUGAAGGGAAACCUCCCUAUAAAAGCUCCUCCUGGACGAUAAGUACAUGACAAACAGAAACUCAACACAGAACUUAGCUGUCAGCUGCCAUGAACCUACAGCGCCUCUCCUCUCUGCUGCUCUGUGUCGUUUUCACCAUACGGACAGCUGCCGCUCACACAUCUGCACUGGAUCAUGUGACCGUGAUGUCGUCAUCGGGGGAGGGGCUUCAGAGCGCCGUGGGUGAAGAUUUGGAAUCUGAUGAUGAUCAGAAUCCAUCGGGAAUGUUCAGUGAUCCAACUUUGUUUAAAGUAACCCAAGGCAGUAAAGGGGACGAGCAGAAUCACAAGCGCUCUGGACGCAAAAAGAACAAAGGAAGAAAAAAGAAUAGAAAUAUCACUCCUGUUCAGCCGAAUCACACGCUCAGUCACAGCACCACCGCUGACCCCUGCCUGACCUCUCACGUGGACUACUGCAUCCACGGCCACUGCACGUACCUGCACGGCCUGAGAGAGCCUGUCUGUGUAUGUAAGAGAGGUUAUGAUGGGGAACGCUGUGGCAUCCAGCUUCUUGGGACGUCUCGGGACGACAGCAGCCCUGAUCGGACCCACAGCGCGCUCGUCAUUAUGGCUGUCGUCCUGUCGGUCAUCAGCUGCCUAGCCAUUCUGCUCAUGGUCUGCGUGCACUAUAGAACACAUCAUCGCUUUCAGGCGGCGUUCCUGAGCUCCACCAACGAGAGAGAGAAACUAGAGAAGAAGAACAUCAUGGUGUGAAGAGGAAGUAGAAUUCACGCUGCUGUCACUGGUGUGGAGUGCACUACAGAUAUAUUGCACAUAGAAUAAUAUAAUAAAACCUACUGUAACAAUAUUUAUUGUUUGUACCUAUUUAUUAACAAAUUAUAUAAGUUCCUUAGUAUUUGUGUUUAUUUUGAUAAUAAAAAAAAAACUAAUGUUUAUUUGAUAUGUGAUGUUCAUGUACACAUAUGAAAUAAAGGACACUCAUAAGA